AUGGGCCGACUUUGUCGGCUUACCGAUAUUCGGCUCGGUGAGCCAUACCGAUUGAAGGUUUUGGCUCGGCCACGCCUCCCUCUCUUUGGCUCUUUGCUUGUCGAUACCAGCUCAGAUUCUCAGUCUAAGCCCCAAAUUUCAGAAAUUGAUAAACCUUCAUUGAAAUCUGAAAUCUCUCUUUCACUCUCUCAGUCCCUCCCUCACCCUUCUCUGAGUUGUCUAUCUCUCUCUCUCAGUCUCUCCUCCCUUACCCUUCAAUUUCUGCUUAAAUCGAAACAAGAACACGAUCCGUGGGCGUUUGGCUGCUCAAUUUUUCGUCACAGUCGCUGUUACAGCUCGCGAUUUCGCCGUCGCCGACUUGGGGCAAGUCCGAGCCUCAGAUGUGGGAUUUUGGAAAAAGCUUGUUUCUUUGGGUUUUCUGGGUCUGAUUUGAGCUCGCCAGGGGACCUCGAUGAGAAUAAGGGGGAUUGCCAGGCAGAUCUGAUCGAGAUCGGAAGUUGGCGCAAUUGGGAUUCGGGUGUGCGAAUCAGGCCGAGGAGAGGGCGACUCAAAUCUCCGAUCGAUCACAACGGAGUCUUCAAGUCUCAGCGGUCCGGGCAUGGAGAUCUGGUCGGAUUCGUAUGGGAUAGCUUGAUGGUUGAGGCGGCGCGUCAUUAUGCGUCGACUGAGAGCAAGGCGGAGCCAGGAGGUGUGCAAUGUCCUGCAGGGUCAGUGAGGAGAUUGACGACAGCGGCAAUGGAAUGGUAGGCAGGUCUUGCUAUGAAUCUACUGCCUGAGGUUGUGAGGCAGAUCAUGGAGUGGAGAGUUGAGCUGACUCACAAGUCUGUCCGUACAGUGUUGGUGGCAAAGACAGUGAGGUGUGCGGACGGCAGAGGCAGCGACGGUGAGGCUGCGAAUUGGGUGCCCUUCUGUGGGUGGGUGCCCAAAUCAGUUUUGGGGCCCAAGUCUUUGUUCAGGCCCAAACCAAUAUGGGUGCCCAAACAUAACACAAUUUUGGGGCCUAAUUGGAGAUGGGCUUGGAAGUGGACUCAGCUAUGGGCUCUAUGUUGGACUCGGGCUAUCUCAUGGGCCCAAUUGAUGGACUCUAACUCUCUAGGGUAUCGUAUUUGGGAUCCUGGAGGUUUACUAAAACAGAAUCCGAGUAUGUUUGGCAUCAGUGAUACUAUUGGAUCUUCUGGAGUAGUACUAAAGGAGGAUUCAAGCUAUUCUAUAAUGGCGGAGCAUGAAACAUCAAAUGAGUGGAUCUAUCUCUAUGUACCACCGUGGGUACUACCACAUCUUCUUGUUCUGUCUGUACAUGACAGCGGAAUGGUAUGUAAUGGCCACUCUGGCCUUAGGCUAAAACAAAUUUCUAGAAAUUUGAUAACACUCCAUGAAUGCUAUCUGGAUGUGUUACGAUAUGAUUGU